GAUACAUUAUGGAUAUAGCAAAGGGGUCUCCGCAUUUUACAAACACUGUUCCAACUUUUUUACUUAAAUUAAUAAACUUACUGCAAGAACCUGAUUAUAAGGAAUAUGUGUCUUGGAAUGAAGAUGGCACAGCAUUCACUGUACAUGAUCAAGGAAACUUUGCUAAACAUGUAUUACCUGUGUAUUUUAAACACAACAAAUUUGCAAGCUUUGUACGCCAGCUAAAUAUGUAUGGGUUUCGGAAAGUAAGCACAGUCAUGCAUGGGGGCAUUGCUUCCUUGCACGACACUGCUAUACAAUUCCAUCACCCCUUGUUCAUUCGUGGGGAAGAGUCACUACUGCCCUAUAUUAAGAGAAAAGUAAAUCAAGGUGGUGGUAAGCUAUUCACUGAAGAAAUAUCACAAGUUUUGGACAAUGUUCAAGACAUCAAAGACACGCAAAAUGGUAUUUCAAACACUUUAUCGUCAUUAAAGAGAGAGAAUGAAGAUCUUUGGAGGGAGGUUGUAUCUCUUCGGCAAAAACACUCACACCAACAAAAAGUUGUCAAUCGUCUCAUACAGUUCCUCGUCAGUCUUGUGCAACAUCAUGGAAUGGGAAUGAAAAGACGAAUGCCUCUCAUGAUUGACGAUGCCAGUGAAUCCUCACAGCCAAACAAACUUGCUCGAACUGAUGACGGAAACAGCGUCAACUUGAACAGCACAGCUGUAGCUGGUAAUCCAAACAUAAUGUUCCGAACAAACGAAAAUACUCCUGAUGAAGAUGGCCCUUUAAUCACUGAACUCCUAACCCAAAAACCUGAAUCAGGGGACGUCCUUUCAGAUGUAAACGACAGCAAUAUGCUAAAUGCUACAGACAAUGAUGAUUUUGAUAUAUCUGAACUAAUUCAAGUGAACAGCCCUCUUAAUAGGCCUGCUGACAGUGAGAAACAAACACCCAGCACCACAAGUGUCAAUGAAACAACUAGUGACUCUGCUGCAAACUAUUUUACCACGAUUCCAACAAAUGAGGAGUCCGGACUCAGUUAUCUAAUGGGAACAUCUAACACCCCUAAUGCUACUAAAGAAGAAAAUAAAACAGCUCCUACUCCUUUAAAUAAAGAAAACAACCAACAAGUUGCCAUUCCUGUGAAAUUCCCAACCAGUCUUUCCUCUAAAUCACUUCUAGAUAAUUCUGCAAUUCCUGACCCCGAUCACUUGAACUCAAGUAUGGAUAUGAUUCAAAAUAACCUCAAGGACAUUCAGAGGCGGUUAAGCAACAAUGAACAGGUUGAACUGGACUAUGAUAUCAUACAAGAACUCUUUAAUAACUCUGUUGAUAUCACACCCAAUCCUGCUAAUUUAUUUGAGCCAUCUCCAGACCUAAUACCACCUGAAACUGAGAAUAAUAAUAAAAGUGCUCUUGUUCAGUACAACAAUGGAACACCAGGUGUUGCAGACAGUAACCCAGACACAAUUCAAUUUUCCGCUGAAACUAUUGGAGAUAUUCUAGACAUGUUAAAGGAAUAAGAACCACAUAUUCACUCAUUCACUGUUAACCAGAAUUAUUCUUUCCUGCUGUGUUAAGUGUGUUCUUUUUCUGUUCUGUUUGCUUUAAUUUCAAAUGUUCCAUAGUUUUUUGUAUAAAAAGUACUUACCAAACCUAAAGUCGUUAAAUGUAAUUUAUAUCCAGUUAAAGAUCCCAUAUUAUUUUGUAAAAAAAUCUUUGUGGUUGAAGUUCAAACUUUUUCUUAAUUGCAUGGCUACAGACCUAACAAUUUGUUUGUGCAUGCACAUUUUUUACUUGACAUGUGUCUUAUGUUUCUGACAUGUCAAUUAUGUAUAUAUAUAUUA